AUGGUUUACAUUCGCCAGGACAAGCUUUCGAAGCUGAAAGAGUACAAGUACUCUGGCGUUGACCACAGUCUUGUCUCGCGCUACGUGCUGAAGCCAUUUUACACACAUGUCGUGAUCAAAUGCUUUCCCAUGUGGAUGGCGCCGAAUCUCAUCACUUUGACUGGUUUUGGAUUUGUUGUUGCCAAUUUUUUGACGCUGCUCUGGUAUACCCCAACGUUGGACAAAGACUGCCCUCCGUGGGUGUACGCAAGUUGGGCAAUCGGCCUGUUUCUUUACCAGACCUUUGAUGCCGUAGAUGGAUCCCAGGCCAGAAGGACGGGUCAGAGUGGUCCGCUGGGCGAGCUGUUCGACCAUGGCGUAGAUGCGGUCAACACCUCGCUGGAAGUGCUGCUCUUCUCUGCAACAAUGAACCUUGGACAAGGGUGGAAGACCGUCCUAACUCUAUUCGCUUCGCUCAUGACUUUCUACGUUCAAACCUGGGAGGAGUAUCAUACCCACACUUUGACUCUCGGAAUCAUCUCUGGACCUGUCGAGGGUAUCUUGACCCUCUGCAUCAUCUACGCCGCGACCGCCUUCCUCGGAGGUGGCAGCUUCUGGCAGCGCUCACUGCUCGAGAGCGUUGGUGUUCAACGCUACGAGUUUAUCCCUGGAUUUAUCUACAACCUAGCCUGGAACGAAUGGUACAUGGUAUACGGCAGCGUUGUCCUUGUCUUCAAUACAAUCUCUAGUGCGCACAACGUGAUGAAAGCCCGCCGAUCCCGAGGCCAAAAGACUCGCGUUGCCCUACUCGGCCUUCUUACUUUCGGGGCAGCUUGGACGUUGAUCCCAGCCUACCUCUACCUCCAACCCGUGAUCCUCCGCCAACAUCUCGUUCCCUUCAUCUUCUACGCCGGUCUCGUGAAUGCCUAUUCUGUCGGCCGUAUCAUCAUAUCUCACCUUACUAAAUCUCGCUUCCCGCGUGGCAAUGUCCUCAUUUACCCUCUCAUUUACGGGGUCAUCGACUCUCUUGGACCCUUCCUACAGGCCAAGAUCGGUUUUGGAUGGCCUAGUGCGCUCGGCGACGAUGUCUACCAGGUUGCAUUUGUGUUCAUGUGUCUCGGUCUCGCUGUCGGAGUUCACGGUAGUUUCGUGGUUGAUGUUAUCUGGACCAUCUGCGACUACUUAGACAUCUGGUGUUUGACAAUCAAAUACCCUUACCAACCUGUGAAAGAGAACGAGGAGAAAGCGAAGAAGGGCCAGUAA